CGCGUCCGGGCCGCGCGGGGACCCUCUGGGCUGGCUGGGUUUCUGGGUUAGGAUCCAGGGACGGGACGGGUGGCCCGCUGGAUGGAAAGCGUCAGCGUCCGCGCAGUGCACAGGCAAAGGAGGGAUUCUGGAUGGAUGGCUGCUGGAAGCCCAUUGCGAUAGCUGGCUCUUCUUCAAUACAUAAGGACGUAUACUGGCAUUGAGUAAUGAGAAUUUCGAAACCACACCUGAGAAGUCCUUCCAUCCAGUGCUACUUGUGUCUACUUUUAAACAGUCAUUUUUUAACUGAGGCUGGCAUACAUGUCUUCAUUUUAGGCCUGUUUAGCAGUCACUCUCGUGAUGGUUCAGCGUGCUGCUCUCUCCCCCCUUUCAGCUGUGUCAGUGCAGGGCUUCCUAGAACAGAGGCCAACUGGUGUGAUGUAAUACAGGAUCUGAAAACCAUCCAGCAACUUAUCCAAGCUAUACACAUUGAUGCUACUUUAUAUACUGAGAGUGAUGUUCAUCCCAAGUGCAAAGUGACCGCGAUGAGAUGCUUCCUGCUGGAGUUUCAAGUCAUUUCACAUGAGUCUAGAAAUGUGAACAUUAGUGAAACAGUGCACAAUCUCAUCAUCCUGGCCAACAGCAGCCUGUCUUCUAACGGGAAUAUCACGGAAUCGGGGUGCAGAGAAUGCGAGGAACUGGAGGAGAAGAACAUCAACGAAUUUCUGCAGAGUUUCGAACAUAUUGUACAAAUGUUCAUCAACCCUUCCUGACUGCAGCGGACGGGCGUCUAUGUCUCUACCAUUAGCAAACGUCUUUCUGCUGUGGAGAGGCCGGGUACACAGCAUUGGGACACGCUGCCAGACCAGUCUUCCAAGCGAGAAAGCGAUCAGGAUCGCAUAUCACAUGCAUGCUAGGGAUGAAGACAGAUAAAGGUCUGAGAAGCAUGCUGUCUAGGAACUGUUCUCAGACUUAUUUUGCCCAUUUAUUUUUAAUUUAUUAUCGACGUUGUAUGUGUUUGUAAUAUAUUAUAAGAUCGUGAAUAAAAGUAUACCUGUUUUAUCCAUGGAAA